AUGCCCCACCGCGUCGCCAACUUCCUGCGCACCUCCUCGGGCAGCAUCCCGCACAUCAAGCGCAAGUCCACCGCCAGCAGCAGCGCCUCGUCGCGCAACAACUCCAUCUCCGGCAGCCCCUACGCCUCCGACUCGGACGAGCACCAGCACCAGCAUCACGGCCACCACAACCACCAUGCCGUCAAGAUGCCCGAGCACCUCGCCGACGCCAUCCGCAAGCAGCACCACCGCCUGUCGCUGCCGCUGCCCUUUGGCCGCUCGUCCAGCAAGGAGCGCAACGGCAGCCGCUCCGGCACGCCCCCGGCCUCUGCGAGCGGCCACCACCCCGUGACGCUCGACUGGAGCAUCGAGAGCCCGCCCGUCGUCUACUACGGCUCCCCCGACGAGAGCUCCGGCGCCAUCUUCUCCGGCCAGCUGUUCCUCGACGUCGCCCGUGAUGAGGGCGUCGACGUCGAGUCCCUCACCGCCAGCCUCGUCAUCCACACCGUCCACAAGCGGCCUUUCCAGGGCCACUGCCACGACUGCCAGCACCGCGAGACGCGCCUCGAGACCUGGGACAACCUGCUGGCCCAGCCCGUGACGCUCGCCCGCGGCCGCCAUCCCUUCCCCUAUUCCACCCUGCUCGGCGGCCACCUGCCCGCCUCCAUCGACACGCCCGUCCUGUCCAUCUCGUACGAGUUCCGCGCCGAGGCCGUCGUCGUCUCCUCCAAGGGCACCCCGCGCACGCUGCGCUUCGAGCGCACCAUCCCCGUCAAGCGCUCCCUCGCCGAACCGCUCUACCCGCACCACUCGGUCCGCGUCUUCCCGCCCACCAACAUCAAGGCCGGCGCCCACUACAACACCGUCAUCCACCCCACCGCCAGCAACAAGCUGACGCUCAAGCUCGACGGCCUCAUGACCCACAACGACCGCGUCAAGACGGUCGACCUGUGGAAGCUCAAGAAGGUGACGUGGCGCCUCGAGGAGACCAUCAAGACGGUCGCCCCGGCCUGCGACAAGCACUCGCCCUCGGCCCCCGUCGUCACCCUGCCCAACCCGACCAACCUCAACGCCCACCCCGAGGACGACGAGCACCCGGACCUGACGACCCGCGGCGUCGUCCGCUCCGAGACGCGCGUCAUCGGCGAGAAGCAGCUGCACGAGGGCUGGAAGUCGGACUACUCGGGCACCGACGGCACCGUCGACAUGGAGUUCGACUACUGCGUCAACCAGUACGCCGACGCCGGCAAGCACCACCAGCGCGGCGCCCCCCGCGAGCUCAAGUACGCCUGCGACCUGCGCAACGCCGCCGACGGCACCGAGGUGACGCACUCGCUGCAGAUCGAGCUCAUCGUCUCCAAGGAGUACGCCCCGGAGGGCAAGCCGCACCUGGCCGCCCAGACGGGCACCGGCCGCAUCCUGCGCAUGCACUUUGCCGUCACCAUGACCGAGUUCCCCGGCAUGGGCGUCAGCUGGGACAACGAGGCGCCCCCCGUCUACCAGGACGUGCCGCCCAGCCCGCCGAGCUACACGCCCCCCAUGUCGCCCCUGGUGCCGCCCAUCGAGUACGAGGACCUGGAGGAGCUGUUUGCCCAGCGGGCGAGCGUCGAGCCCAGGAGCCGAUGA